AUGCUAUCCCUCUCUCAGCAUGCCGGCGAUCUGAACUUCCUCGAUCUCGAGCUGCUACACCACUAUUGCAACUUCACCGCCCACACUCUUUCAGAGAACCCUCUCUUGCGUGAGUUCUGGCGCAUCAACGUUGUCAAGCUGGGCCUUGAAUGCGACUACGUCAUGCGCAGUAUUCUCUCUUUAUCGGCACUCCACAUUGCACAUUUGAACCCGGAAAGAAAAGACAGUUUGCUCGAAAAGUCGAUGGCCCAUCACGAAAUGUCGUCACGGACAGCCGUCAGCUUAAUGCAACAUGUACAAGACGAGAACAAAGCGCCACUAUUUAUCUUCUCGGUCCUGACCAUCUACAUCGAACAAUCCCCCGACUGGAUUGUGCUGUUCUGCGGGACAAGGUACCUGGUCGGAGAGCCGAACACAAAUCCCUUGAUUUCACCCAUCAUCAGUCGGACAGUCGCGCACUUCCAGUUUCGAGAAGCUCCAUGUCAUCAUACCCAUCUCGGGGACCUGGAAGCUAACAUUAACGCUUCGGAGAGCGAUGAUGGGCUUUUGGCCAUAUACAACCAUGCCAUCAAUGAGCUUUACAAGUCAUACGGCGUAUUUUACGAAAGCUCGGAGCCGCAGGACAUUAUAGAUGUCUUCAUUUGGAUCGCGAUGGUUGCCGAAGACUUUCUCCCACUUUUGCGGGAGUCCAGGCAGAAGGCCUUGGUCAUUUUCCUAUAUUUCUGCAUGCUUCUUCGGCAGCUACGCAGCCAGUGGUGGCUGGAUGUGUGGGCUAGCAAUCUUUAUGCCAAGACGUAUGAGCUGCUGGACGAGGAACAUAGGUCGUGGAUCAGAGAUCCAACAAUCGAAAGCACCGAUAUUUGCUUGUGA